AAAAAUAUUUGGUGCUUGUAUUUCCCCAUUUUACCAAUCUUGUGGGAGAUUCAAUAUCUGCAGGUUGCUAGAUUUCGGGCCGUUUAUGUGGAAAUAAGCCAUUUGAAAGAUGAGACCAAAGAUCUAUCUUUUCGGCGAUUCCAUUACAGAAUUUUCUUUUGCUGAUGGCGGCUGGGGAUCCGCUCUAGCCAAUCAUUUCUCUCGCAGGGCCGAUGUGGUGGUUAGAGGAUACAGUGGCUACAAUACGAGAUGGGCGCUUAAGGUGAUUGAACGAGUCUUCCCAUCAUCAGAAGAACACGGCGGUAGCGGAGACGGCGCUGCCUCGCCGCUUGCCGCGACGGUCUUCUUUGGAGCUAAUGACGCUUGUCUUCCAGAUAGAUAUGGGGCCUUCCAACAUGUGCCCCUUCAUGAAUACAAGCAAAAUCUCAUUUCAAUCGUCUCCUUUUUCAAGAAGAAAUGGCCUGCAACUCGUAUUCUGAUUAUCACUCCUCCUCCUAUUGAUGAAGAAGGGCGUUUACAGAACCCUUACGUUUCAAAUCCAUUAAAUGAGCCUGAGAGGACUAACAAUGCAGCUGGUGAUUAUGCCAAGGCUUGCAUUGCUGUUGCUGCAGAAUGUGGGAUUUCUGUUAUUGAUAUUUGGACUAAGAUGCAGCAAGUUCCUGGCUGGGAAAAGGCUUGUUUAAGUGAUGGGCUGCACCUGACUCGAAAUGGCAACACAAUUGUGUUCGAGGAAGUUGUCAAGAAGCUGGAAGAAGAAGGAUUGAGUCCAGAAAAGCUGCCUGCUGAGCUUCCACUUUUUUCAGAAAUAGACUCUAAUAAUCCUCUCAAAGCUUUUGGAGAAUUAUGAUAAUCUUGACUGAUGCAGCUCAGCCAUAGCCGCCUGGUCAUGUUAAUCAAUUAACUGAAACUGAGGAUGUCAUUGAAGAGCGACUGCAACUUAUUCACAACCUAUGAGAUGUAAGAAUGAAACUGAAACUCCUCUACAAAUGAUUUAUAUUGUUCAGAAUAAUAAUGCUUACUAUUAGGAGUUGUUUCAUUCUUUCACAACUGCUUUAUUAUAGACAUUUAUAGGAUUGUGAGUGAGAAUGCAGGUCUCUCAUUAAAUAAAUGGACUCCCCCUCAAUUAUACAAUUUAAAGUUGGAUGGAUAAUUGGUAUGAUAA